GGGGCGGGGGGUGGCGUUGAGAGGGUGAUAAGGGCAAUUUUAAAAAGGGAAGCAAGUGACGGCACGGGGGAGUGUUGGGAUGGCACUGAUGGUUAGAUAUGACACAGACGAUUAAGGUGCUGCAGUGGACAGGGGAGCUGUGUGUGUGUGUGUGUGUGUGCGUGUGUGUGUGUGUGUGCGUGUGUGUAUUGUAAAUGUCUUUCUUAAAUUUGUGCGGUUUCAAGUGAUAAAUGCAGGCAGCUAAAAUAUUCACCGCCCCUCUCAGUGUGAUGCAAGGCAGUUGUUGACACUCAGCAUUAUUAUCAUUCUGUAGCUGUUCAGUGUUGGUAGGCUGUGGCGCAGGUGUACCUCAUGUUGUGACACUGUUAUUGAUCAGAUGCAACUGCAUCCAAACACCUCAAAUUUCAUCCUCAUGCUGUCAGGGAGAGUGACACAAACAACCAGAGGAGACGACAGAGCGUGCCGGAGGCCAUGUCUGGAAAUCUGAUCCAGAGUGACGUCUUUGGAGAAAGGCUCCUUCCCCACCAGAGAGGUGACAUUCCACGUGCCAAGAGCUAGCUUCUGCAACCGAGGAUCGGAUCGUCAAGGCCCCCACCUUUGGCCGCCACCCAGCUCACUCUGCACACGACCCCUCCCACGAGUGGCGUCUGCCGUGACUUCCAUCGCCGGGCCUGGGAGGACACGCGUGGUCGACAUCAUGUCUGCGGAGGACGUCACCUUUUAUGAAUGACAACUUCGCACAUCUGACUGACUCACACGUGUCUUUUUCUACCUCUCGCUGCUUCUCCAUUAGUCUUUCUAUAGGGAGGGGGGGCGGCGGCGGCGCUCAUCCCAAAGGGAAAUGGUGAGAAGAACUUGUGUGGACACUUGAUGCCUGUGACCCACUUACCAGUCGGUACUCUCUGAGACGCAGGGAGAACUUUGUCCCAAUCUAUUUCAUCCACUGUGUGUGCAUCACAUACGCUAAUCGCUCACAGAACCUGUAAAAAUAUCAUCGCUUGAGGGUGAUCGGCUUUGCAGUUCCCCUGAAAAAUAGACCAUAUGCUCAGAUUGGGCUGACCUACAUGUGAACACAGAGGCGUACCCAAAUAGCUUGAUGAACACCUUCCCUUCCUUCUCCUCACCUCCCCCAAACACGCCAACCAUCCAGUCGGUGUGCAAACCCUGCCUCCGGGCCCCUUGGAGGAUGAGCGAUGGGCCCACGCUGGACUACGAGUUGCUGCUGUCCCCCGCCGGCUCCUCCUUCCUCCCUGGCGGUGCUGGCGGCGGUGGCAGCAGCAGCAACCCGCCUCUGGCCUUGGUCGGGGUGGACACUGAGCAGCGCACCGCCUUGGCCUUUGUGGGCCUCCUUAUGCUCUUCCUGGUCUUCCUGCUGGUCAGGUGCUUCAGGAUCCUGCUGGACCCCUACAGUCGCAUGCCCGCAUCAUCCUGGACUGACCACAAGGAGGGGCUGGAGAGGGGGCAGUUUGAUUACGCCCUGGUGUGAAGGCAGGGGCGCGGGGUUGAAGAAGGGUAACUUUGCACACUGACACAAUCUUUCACAAUUCAAAUGGGGACGAUGAUUUUUUUUGGUAAAUGUUGCUUUUUAAGGCUUCAUUGCGCCACAGCGUGGUCACUAUCAUCCCGUUUUAGCUUCGAGGCUGAGAACUUGCAUUUCUUUAGAAAAAACGCUAGGGGGCAGAGUGAGGCUCUCGUUGACUAGCUAUUUAGCUUCCUGUGUAGUAGCCACAUCCGCAUCAACACACACUUUCGGGAGGUGAUGUGCUAAAAAAAAAAAAGUCAACCAAUCACAGCUCUGCGCUUGGUGUCGCUCACACCGUUGCCGUAGCGCUGUAGCGUGAUGAAGCCUUUAGUGCAGGGGUGUCCAAAGGGUUUUCCAUGAAUGAACUGAAAGGAUGAAACUUUGCCACUUUCAUAUUUUGUCAGAUUAUUAAUAUCAACUUUGCUCUUUUUUCCCCCAUUUUUGCUGUUUUUUUAAAACACAUUUCGAAAUAUUGCAUCUUUCUGCUUAAAAAAAUCUUUGUAAAAUUUCCUCUGGUAAUAUUAUGACUUUAUUCCCAUAAUAUUAUAACUUUUUUACCAACCUAAUUUUCUAAAAAAUUCAACUCUAUUUUGUUUUGUUUGCUUCCCAUAAUACUAUCACAUCAAAACUAAUAAAAAUAGGAAUAAGCAAAACUAAUAAUAAUAAUAAUAAUAAUACAUUUUUCCUGUUAAUAUUCCAAGUUUAUUCUCAUAACUUUUUUCUCAUCAGAAUACAACAUUUUUGUCUUCAUAUUUUGACUUUAUUCUCGUAAAAUUACAGCUGUUUUUUUUUUUUUUUACCAUUUCUGCUGUUGUUUUUUUUUUAGUCCUCUAUUUCAACAAGAUGUUUUUCCUGUAAUUAUGACUUUAUUCCCAUAAUAUUUUGACUUAUUGUCGUAACAUGACCUCAUUUUCAAAAAAUUCCAACUUUAUUCAUUGUUUGACUUGUUUCUCAUAUUACGACUUCAAAAAAAACCUCUAAAAAAAGGCAUUAUUUAUAUUACAGGUUUAUUCUCAUAAAAUUACAUUUUUGUCUUAAUAUUUUGCCUUUAUUCUCUUACAAUUACAGUCGUUUUUCCAUUUCUGCUGUUCUUCUUGUAAUUAUGACUUUAUUCCCACAAUAUUUUGACUUUAUUAUUGUAACAUGACUUUUUCAGCAACCUAAUUUGGCCAAAAUGGCAACUUCAUUUUGUUUUGUUUGUUUCUCAUAAUAUUACAACUUAAUUUUUUCUUUAAUAUUUUAACUCUGUUCUACAAAAACAACAUUAUUUUUCUUCAUAAUAUUACAGGUUUGUUUUUGUGAAAUUUCUCGGAAAAUGCAUUUUUGUUGGUGUUUUUUUUCAACUAUUUCAACUUUCUUCUUGUAAAUGUUUUUAUCAUAAUUAGGACUUUAUUCUCAUAAUAUUUAGACUUUAAUAGUUUUUUUCCAACCUAAUUUUCCAGAAAUUAUGUUAUUUGUUGUCAAAUAACGACUUUCUUUAAUAUUUCAGCUUUGUGCUGCUAAAAUUACAUUAUUUUUCCUUAGAAUAUUACGUUAUUCUCAUAAAUUACGAGUUUUUGCAGUUUUUCUAGUAAAAUCACUGCUGAUUUUUCAGUUUUUGCUGUUGUUUUUUUUUUUUUUUACUUUUCUCGUUAAAUAUGUUUUUAGAAUGUGCGGUGGGCCACAAAUGGCCUCUGGGCUGCACUUUGGACACCCCUGCUUUAGUGUAACUAUGAGCCGCAAACCACAAAGAGUCUGUACAGACCAGCAGGACCACAAAAAGCCAAAAUAACAAAGCUGCCUUAAUCUGACGUGCUGUUUUCGGGGGUUUUGGGACCCCCAAAAGGGGGAAAUACUGUACGAGGUGGACGUCACACAGCACAUGAUCACAUGAUCACUCCCGCAGCAUUCAUCACACGCAUAGAUUUAAAGGCAGCGCUUUUCAAAGUGUGGGAUACCGACCUCCCCUGCUCAGUUUACAUGUCAAAAUAAUCCUGAUAAAUCAUUUUUCUAUAUUUGAGGCACAGGUAAGCUCGAGCCUACCUCAUCUGACUUUGGGCGAGAUGAGGGAAACACCUUGGAUUGUUUUUUGAACAAAUCACCCAUCGUGUGGCCUGACACCAACAUGCAGUAGAACCUCCAAAGUCCAACACCAGUAGGAAUCCAUCUGUUCACCAGCAUGAAAACCUGAUGAAUCACAGAAGGAGAUGUUUUCAAACACGCAUGAAGACAAGUUAACCGCAUCACAAUAUCAUGUCAUAGGCCACAAUCAAUUCAAUCUCUGGUUCUAUGGUUAUCGUUACACUUUUUCUCCAUGCCCUCAAUGGCACCCUGCUGUCGUGGCGAGAGCCAUAGAAAAAUGAACAAAGUUCAUCCGGAGUUCAUGUUUUCAAUGUGCGCAGAAGUCAAAUGAUUGCUCAUUGUCCAGUUUAUAAAUACUGAAUAAUUGUACAGAAAUAUUACUGCUCGUGCUUUUAGUGGACACAUCUUUAAUGCACACAAUGGGUUCCGCAAUGUGGAACUACAGUACAAUGAAUUCAAUUUGCUGAUACCAUGUACUUAUUUCUUAAAUAAUCUUUUUCUUUUCCUAACAUUAUGACUUUAUUCCCAUAAUAUUCAAACUUUCCACCCAACCUAAGUACAACAUUAUUUUGUUUUUUUUGUUUUUCAUAAUAUUACAACUUAAAAACAUGUCUUUCUUUAAUAUUUCAACUUUAUGCUUCUAAAAUGACUUCAUUUUUCUUCAUAACGUUGUUCUCGUAAAAUUACGACUUUUCCUUAUUUGAGUGCACCUUUUUUUUCUUAAUAUUUUGACUUUAUUUUUGUAAAAUUGGACACCCCUGCCGUAUACAAACUACAUUUGAUUAAAUUAGCUGUUACCGUGUAUUUAUUUCUUAAAUCACUUUUAACAUUUUUCUUUUUGCAAUAUUAUGGCUUUAUUCCCAUAAUAUUUUGACUUCAUUGUCAAUAUUUUACGUUUUUCCCCCAAUCGAACUAUUCCUAAGUUUAUUCUUGUAAUACUUUUUUUUUCUUGUUAGAAUAUGACUUUUUUCUCUUAAUAUUUUGACUUUAUUCUGGUAAAAUUACAGCUGUUUUUUUCAUUUCCGCUUUUUAUUUUUAAUAUAUAUCUGAACCUUCUUCUUGUACAUUUUCCUCGUAAUAGUUACUUUAUUGACAUAAUAGUUUGCCAUUAUUCUCAUAACAUUACAACUAGGGAUGUCCGAUUUUUUGGCUUUGUUGCCGAUAUCUGUCGCUUUCUUCCGGGAAUUGUAACAUUCCUACUCGUGAGGAUAAGCAACAUUGAAAUGGAUGGAAUGGAAGGAGCGAGCUAGCUUGCUGUUAGCCACCCACGGUUGAGAGGCGGUUUGAUGAGGUCAUCAUUUGAGCCCAUUGGCCGAGAUACAGCAUUAUGUUUAUUAUCGGCUUUCUCUAUAGAGAAAAAUCACGAUACUGACAUUGACCAAUAUCACAUUUUUAUGCCAAUAUUGGUAGGCCGAUAUUAUCGGACAUCCCUAAUUAAACCUUUUUCUGCAAACAAAUUAAAAAACGUUUUGUUUUUUUCCAUAAUAUUAAAACUUUUUUAAAAAAGCAUCUUUCUUUAAUAUUUAAACUUUUUGCAACUAAAAUGACGUUAUUUUUCUUCAUAAUAUUUUUUGACAUUAUUCUUGUAAAACUGUUUAUGAUUUUUCCAUUUUUGUUGCUGUGUUUUUCGUUUUUUUCCUGUUAAAUCAACUGGCCGCAAAUGGUCCCCGGGGCCGCAGUUUGAUACACCAGAUGUAGCAGAACUUAAAUUCUUUUCAAGGUACUGCCCCCACCCCCCGUAUUCUUGUGCUCCACACUUUGAAAAGUGCUGAUAAAGUUUACAUUUGAAGACCAUCAACAACACCAGAGCGCUAACUAACUAGCGCUAACACAUGCAGGCGAGUUUACACGUAAGCAGAAGCCCCUUUAAGUAAUCGAGGCCCGUUCGGAAGCAUCCAAGAUGAAUGUGCUAAUCAAGGAUUGCGUUUGCUCAUGUGUUUUUUUUGCGGAUCCUUGAGUGGCACGGCAACUUCUGAUGCUUUUUGAGGCCACAGCAGGUAGUUUGUGUCUCCUUGUGUUCUGUCUUUACGUAUCUAUAACUUGAGAAGCCAUAUUGACCCUAUGUGUAUACAAUAUGAAUAUAUAUACAGUAUAUACUAGAUGUAAUCUGCUACUACUGCUAGUGUAGUUUUUGGAAUUGUUUUGCCUGCCACGUGUGGUGAUCAAGCAAACGCAAGCGUUGGGCAGGAAAUAUUGCUUUAUUUUUCUAUUCCUGACUCAAGUUUGGGAGUCUCCCUUUUGCUAUCUUCCUGCUGUCAAACUUUACCAGGCGGAUUUUUGGAAGAAGUCACGCAGUUCUUUGUCUUGGAGGGAAGAAAAGCUGAUUGCUUGGAUUUGUCUUUCUAAUUUCUAACGCUGUCUUUUUCAGACUUUUUGGCUUUGGUUUUGAUACACUGGGUGGCUGGAAAAUAAAAGAAUA